AUGGGAGCAAAAGAAUCAAUUGUAUCACCUAGAAACUUAGGUGAAAAAACAGUUGAUGAAGAUCAAAUUGAAGUUUUAAAUUCUAGUUCUAUGGAUUUAAUUGAAAAAACAGCUGAUUUCUUGAAAGUUGCAGAAAAUGAAAACUAUGGGCGUUUUAAGCUCAUGCAAUACAGAGUAAGUAAAAGAUAGUUUGCACUAAUAGAGAGAAUCACUUCUGACUUUAAAGAAUUUGAAAAUUAUUGCAAUGAAGUAGAUAAAAGAUUAAAAUUUGAUUGCUAAUAAUUAGUUAGGUGGAUAAGAGCAUAUAGAUCAUGCGAAAAGGAAUAUUGCAGUUCUUUUUUUAAGGUUUUUGUGAAUUUAGAUUACAUACCUUUUACUUUACAUGAUCAAUUAGAAUCUAGGAAAAAAAGAAAGACUCACUGCGGAGAAAAAGAAAUUUUUACUAUGAUUGAUUCGGUUUUAACUGGAUUAAUUUACUUGAAAAGUCACAAUUUGAAUCAUAAAUUUAUUUAGCCUAAGACAAUUCUCUAUGAUUAAGCAAAUAGAGUUUACUUAAUUUCUGAUAUUUAGUUUUUAAAUGGAGGUAUUAGUGAAUAUUAAUAAUAUCUAUUUGGAGUCCCAGCCACUUCUUGUUAUCUUUCUCCUCAGCUCUUAAAAGCUCUUAAUCAUAGGUAAUAAAUUCCUGAACAUAGUAUUUCAAAAAGUGAUGUCUUCUCUCUAGGUUUAUGCGCUCUUGAAAUGGCAACUAUGAAAUCAAUUCAAAAUAUUUAUGAUUUCAAUGACUUUAAAAUCUAUGAAGAUUUAUUAUAAUAGCUACUGUAAGAAGUGCAAGUUAUUUAUUCUGAUCACCUUUCUUAAUUACUCAUUUAAAUGCUAAGUUUAACUGAAGUAUAGAGGCCUGAUUUCGAUGAUUUAGCUUAUGUUUUAAAAGAUUUAUCUGCUAGGCCUUAGUUUAUAGAUUCAAGAUAGAGUCUAAGAGCCAGUGUUAUUUCUGAAGAGCUAUAAAGAACAUCAAGUGGGACAAAUAGAAAAAGUGGAUUACUAGAAAGACCUGUUUCCUGCAAUCUACUUAGAUCAAAAGAAACGAAUAAGAGCAAUAAUAACUAAAAUAGUAAUAAUAAUAACAAUAGCAGUCUUGAUUAAAAUAAAUACAUGUAAAAGCAGUUUUCUAGCAAUAACAAUAAUAAUAAUAAAACUUUGAGUGGUAUAAGACCUGCAUAAUCCAUUUUGAAGAAAUCUGGAUGGAAAAAAGAAGGUGGAACUAUUGGAGAAAUAGAAGAAGAAGAUAAUUAGUUAACAGCAGUCAAUACAUAAGGAGGCGACACAAAAGAUUAGUAAGUUCCUUUUAUAAGAGUUUUAGAGCCUAUAUUAACUCAUGAAAACGAUGAAGUAGCUUCUCCUGCUGCUAUUCCAAGCCAUCAAUAACUUGGUGAAAUAUCCUCACUCAAUCUAAUUAGUUAAAGAAAUAAUAUAAAGUAGCUAUCUGCUUAUAAUUAAGAAGAUUUGCAAAUGCAACAAUAAACAACCAAAAGAUCAACAAAUAAUAAUAUCAAAACUCCAAAAAGUGCUCUAUCAGCUAAUGAUUAAUAAGCAAAUGAAAUUCAAAAUAUAAAUUUAUAAUAAUAAUCCCAUCAAUAAUAAUAGUAAUAACUAUAAUAGUAACAAUAAAAUUAAUAUGACUUACAACAGAUAUAAAGUCUUCAAUAGUAAUAAUAAAAAUAAUAAUCAUAACCAUAAAAUAGAUAAUAAAGAUCACUAUCAUAAAUAUCUAGCUUAUCUUAAAAGCCUGUUUUAGACACAGUUGAGUAAGAAUAUGAAGAGUUCAAGGCCAAACAAAGAUAAUUAUAUAUGUAAUAGAAACAUUAAAUUAUACAAGAUGAAUAAGCUAAAUAUCAGUAAGAAAAGUAAAGUUGGGAGUAACAACAUUAGUAAUUUAUACAGGAAUCCAAAAAAUCGGUGGAAAGCCAACAAAUAUAUUUGUAAUCUCAAUUUGAGGAUAGUAGAAAAUAUUUAAAUUCUUAGUAAUAAUAUCCUACGCAAACAAGAGAAUUUACUAAUUAUCUAUAGAAUUAAAGGUUCAUCUAAAAUUCUGAUGCUGUUACACCUUUUGCUGCAGAUAAAUCACCUGUUAGAAAUAAUUAUUCUCGAAUGGGAAACAAUAUUAAUACCCCUAACAAUUAUCGAGUAGAUUCUUAUUCAAACCCAAGACUUCCUCCUAGUAGUGGUAGAAACAACAAUAUAAAAUCAUAUCAUCAAUUGAAUAAAUCUCCUAAAUUAAAUUUAAAGUUCUUUAACGAUGAAAAUGAGUACAAUAUUGAUAAUAGAUUAACAGGUAGGUCUAAUCUAUAGAACAACUAUAAUGAAAACACUAUGUAUAAUGAAUAUUAAUCGUAUAACAACUUAAAUAAUAGUAGAUUAGAUAAUAGUGUUGUUAAUAGCAAAGCUGAUAUGAGUAUGCUAAGCAACUAUGAAUUGAAAGAUAUUCACAUUUAACCCCUAAGAAGAAACGAUAUUAAUAUAUAAAACACUCUUAACAUGCUAGAGGAGAAGAUAGAUAAAAUAGAUUAAAGUUUAAAUUAUGCCAAAAAGCCUUUGAGGAGUUCAUCAAAUAACUCAUUUGCUUUUCAUUAAAAUAGCAAACUCUUAUCUAAUAAUAAUAAUAAUAAUUAAAAAGGACAACAAAAUUUGUAGUAUUCCAAAAAUAAUUAACAAAGAAAUACAGGAUCUUCUGCCAAAAACUAUCGUUUUUACAACUAAAAUUAUGAAAGUAAAGGUGGUUAUCCUACAACUCCUUUUUAGAAUGCUUACAAUUUUGAUAACACUUACCACUAACACAUUUGA